CAUUAUUCACUCAUUCACCGCUUCUCAAAAUCCCUCUCCUCCUCGUUUUCUCCGCUCGAACAAUGGCCGCGAUUCCAUCAUCUCACUCUUCCGAAACCGCCACCGACGGCCCUGUCCUCGGCCUGCUCAACAAGCGCAUUCGCGCGCUGCGCAAAAAGCUCAACCGCAUAUCGCAAAUGGAGGAAUCCCUCUCUCGCGGUAAAUCCCUCAACAAAGAGCAGCAGGAAGCCCUCCGUUCCAAGUCAUUCAUCGUGCCCCUUAUCGACGAGUUAGAGAGGUUCCGCCAGCCCCUCCUGCAGGCCGUUGAUCAGGAAAUUCAGAUCGCUCUGGCCGAGACUCAAUCAGAGGAAAAGAAGAGUGAUGAAAGUGGUGCUGUUGCCGAUCUGCUCAAAUUGGUGUAUUUUGGGAGCAUGUUUGAUGUCCGCACUCUGUCGAUGGCUAACGACAACUUUAUGAGGAGGACUCAUGAGAGGAACUGCUGCCUCUCGUAUGAUUACGUGACGGAUGAUGACGCUGCUGGCGAUCCCUUGAACGACUUUGAUUUGGAUUUGGUUGCGCUCUUGGGGGAUCUUCUCACCUCGCGACCACCGUAUUCCCGCCUGUCACACAAGGACUCGUUGAAAAUGUGUGUGGAGCGUGCAAAUCUGUGGCUUUCCAACUCAGACCACCCAAUUCAGCCUAAUUCCAGUGUCACUUACACUGGCUUGAGAGAGAAGCUAAACAAGAUUAUGGCUUCGGACUACUUCACAACAACCCCACAGAUAAUCGCUCCUAUUCAAGUGGCUGCAGCUGUGGGAAAUUUUACUUCUUUUCAGGAUCUGCUGCAUCGUUCUAUAAUUCCUCAUGCUGGUGUCAUUGGCCCUGUGGAAGGCUCAGCUUCAGGAUCUGAGCAAGAGGUCAUACAGCGAGGAAGAUGGUUCUAGCUCACCCUCAACACCUGCCCCAUUGCACUCUCGGAAAAUUGAAGUUUGUUGGGUGUUGAAGUUAUAAUUUGCAAGCAUUUUAGACCUGGAUCGUGCUUUCAGUUUUAAAGUUUUCUUCUUAUUUUGGUUGGACCUUUGAUGCUUUGUUUGACUUACAGACUCGAUCAGAACAAAUGUGGAAGCCUUCUAGCAAAGUUUGUUAGGAGGAAGCCGCAGAAUUGUAAUGACAAUGGCAUUUAUAAAGAUGAAUCCGACCUUGCUGGAGAAGUUUGUCAAGUUCUGGUUAUCUUUAAAUUCUUGAAAGCACAUUCAGGUCGGGUUAUUUUACAAGAAUAUCUGCUCAAUUUAUUCAGAAAGCAUCAGAGGUGGAAAGCACAUUAGGACUCCAUAUGCAGACUGAGCAGAGGAUAUGCAAACGGGCAUGGAGAGCAUCUCAUCAAGGGCAUACCGCAUACCAGCAUAUGCUGAAUUGGUAGAGGUAUGGAUCGCUGCUAUGAUUAUUGCUGUACUGACCGUCUUCAAGCUAGGCCGGCCCUCAGCGUGGCCUGAAUUGUGACCACCUUAGGUCCAGGUUCAGAAGUCCCCCCCAUAAAAGUAAGUAGUACUAUUAACUAUAGUACUAUAUUAUAUAUUGGGCAUAUGAUCUCUUUUUUUUUUGGCUAGGGCCGUAUAAUGUCUGAAAUGGGGUUGGUCCAAACAUCCUCACCUCUUAAUGUAGGGAGCUUAUGAUUUACAGUUUUGUUAGGAUAUUCUUAAUUAUUGUUGUGAACAUAUAUGAGAGAACAGAGAACUUAUCAACUACAUGUACAAAUUUUCCACAAACAUAUGUUGUGUGAUCUCCUCUGAAAUGGUAAGAUUAUGAUAUUUUUGUGGUGA